GAAUUCCCCGUUACGUACUUCUGGUUUCGCUAACGAAUGGGUUUAACGUUAGACAGAUAAAUUGUUUUGACAGCUGUGUACAGUGUAGGAUAUUCACCAAGUCAAAAAGUAGGACCUAUUUUCUUUUUUCCUACCCCAUGAAUCGUAUCAAAAUUUUAUUCUGGAACCUUUUGGAACUGGCUGGACCCUGCGUCAUAGUAUUUUUAAGACUAAUGUAGUCUUAAUAAUGUUAUGACAGCAGGGGACAUUUAGCUGCAGAAAUCAAUAUUGUAUUGCUUAGUACCUGCUUAAUAUAAUGUGCUAUAGUUAAAAGUAGGGUUGAAAUUGCAGGCAUCUCGUAGUUGGUGAAUACAGCAGAAUAAGUAGUACCCCUCCGACACCACAGGGGGCGCUGAAGGGGGCACGAGGCCCUUUCGUCUCCGCAUCUGAUUGGUCAAUUCGUGUUCUCUUCGGUCGGCGGUUUGUUUGUAUCAGAAUUGCCGCUAUUACUGUGAGAGCUGUACGGAACCGGCGGCUUUACUCCCCGUUUACUAGAACUUCACGUACAACUUCUAAAGCUAACGUUAGAUAUCCAAACCGCCUGGACGGGAAUGGAUGACUCCGCGAAACGUUUGCUGCAGCGACUCAUGCGACGGAUACCGACUCCGACGCUGCGCAGCGCGCUGGAGAAGUGGGGCCGUUUGACCACCGAGCAGCAGAAGUCAAUGGAUUUCACUCAGUCCAAAUGGGCGUUAACGGAACGGCUGCUCGGCAUAUGCGAGGAAAACGAGCUGGCGGUGAAACAACUCACAGACCUCGAGAUGAUACAUGUCAUUGACAACCCAGACCAGGGGAUGUGGUAUGCCUUCCAGCUCAUGGACCCUGAAGAUGAUGCUAAAUCUGUAGACCUGACGCAGUUUAAGGAACAAUUUAAAUCCCACCUCAGAGAGCUUGUGAGAAAUGUGUCUAUCAAAAUGAAGAAGCACACAGACGAGGCUGUGUGGAUUCGUAUCGCAUGGGGAGACACGUUCUCUCGACCCAACCACCUGAAACCAACAUACAUUGUUCACUAUCUUCAAACCCCGUAUGUCUUUGUGACCAGCAUCACUUCAAAGCAGAAGCCUCUGUUAUCCCAGGCCUUGGUUCUGUCCACCAGAUAUCAAGCUAUUAAAGACGCUAACCUCAGUGGACGUAAACUCACUGCUAUUAGGGACCUUCUGAUGAAGAAGUAUCAACAGGUGUUUCCCACCAAGUAUCCAAUUCCUCCUCCAGAAAAUAAUCAAACCAUUUCAAACCAGCACAUAGAAAAAGAACAAGCUGAGCUUGCAGCAAACCGACUUCAGAUGGCCUGUGAGGCCUUUGGUGGCGGGAUGUUACCUCAGCUACAGUCUGCCGUUUACAAGCUGGAGACAAAAUUCAGAGACCACUCCAACAAGACCAUGACAGAGCGGGAGGAACCCUUCAGAUGUGUUGUCAAAUUCACAAGCACUAACCUCCUGGAGUCAUUCCGACACUGCGCAUCUUCAGGAAUUGCCUCCACCCCUGUCACACCACUGCUCUCAUGUAUCCCCCUAAAAGGAAGAAAUUAUUUUCUCAUCACAGACAAUGGUCCUGGUCCUUCAUCCCAACGGGGCCAACCACAGGUUUGAAGGAUUCACCGUGUGGCCUGUAUUGUCUAGUUCACCUGUAGUUUGCUUUUAUCAACCCGGUCUACGUGCUUACAGUUGUUAACAUGUGCUGACAUGUUGGCUAUAGAUUAUUUUAUUGUAUUACCUUUUGUUGGUGUCAAAGUGGCAAAAUGUAUUAUGCAUGAAGUGUACAAAUUAAAUUAAAAGCAAGCUUUUUAACA